UUGGACUACCUUUAGAUGAUUCUGAUGAUAAUGAUUAUAAUCCUGAUAGUCUAGAAAUCGAUGAGAAGGAUUGGGGAGAUGAGUCAAGCUUUGAUGAAUCCAAUUUCACUUCUAUAUCCAAGAAAUUGGAAGCCCCAACUAAGGUCAACCCAUAUUUGGAGCUUAUUUACGAUGUUGUUUUCUCUUCCUUCAUCCACUCUUUCAGUUGCAGGAAGCCAGAACGGAAGAGCCGAAAAAGCAAUGGCAGUGGAAUUCACAACGAUAAAGUCGCAGUUGAUGGUGCAAGCACCAAAGGUAGUUGAUGCACUACAAUUCUACAAUACCGCGUUUGACACUAUUGAUAAUAGCUAUACUCUUUACCCAAAGUGCAAGGCUGAGCAAGAGCUUCUUCAUAUCCUCUCGGUUCAGUUUGAGCUCGUUGGCUUUACCGUUCUUGUAUCUGACUUCACUGGUAACUCUGCUCUUGUGAAAAGUGAGAAAACUGGAUGUGUGCUUUGCAUCAAGACUAAGGACGUGGAAGCUGUUAUAGCCAAAGUCGUGAGCGCUAGAGCCAUUGUAAAAGACGGUGACGUGUGCUGUGGUGGACACGUGGGCAAGGACAAGGAUCCAUAUGGAUACAGUUGGCUCAUUUGCUUUCUUGCCAAGAAUGUUGCUGAGGUCCCUACAUUGUUGGGAUCUAGCUUCCUUAAAUAUUUUUGA